UGACCCAUUACCUUCACUGCCCUCGACAUACGCGCUGUCCAGCUACGCCUCGAUUCAAACUACUGCUAUUGCAACUCAGCCGUGUCUUGACAAAUGUGUCUUUAAUGACAGUUUAUCAACUGGCAAUAUGACGACAGAAAUCGUUGGCGGUUCCGAUAGAAUAAGAGAGAAAGAAAAUGAAGACAAAAGGUUGGACAACAAUCGACUUAUUACGAAUGACGCGUUGAAGAAUGGAAAUCAAGAGUCAAAUGAACAAGAAGAUUACGUUAUGUCUCAUUAUGACAAACCGUUCAAGGACAUACCAUCACUACUUCCAUCCUCUUCUUAUUCUUCACCGUCUUCACAAUCUUCUGAUCUUUCGGAUCUCAAAGAACGAUUUAAUUAUGCUUCGCGUGUCUGUGCAGCAAUGAUAUUAAACACAAAUAAAGGAGCCAGAUUUGCUCAUGCUAUUCUCACUGAAGACAAGGAUCAAUAUAUGCUUAAUGAAUACGACUCUGAAAAGUUUGUAGUUGUUGAGCUAUGCGAUGAUAUCUUGAUCGAUACGAUCGUGCUUGCCAAUUUCGAGUUUUUCUCGUCAACAUUUCAACAUAUUAGAAUAUCCGUCAACAAUGAAUAUCCGCCUAGAAAAGAAAAGCCGUGGCGUUUAUUGGGGGAAUAUAAAGCUGAAGAGACAAGAGAAUUACAGGUAUUCAAAGUAAAAGAUCCUCUCCUUUGGGCCCGUUAUAUUCAUAUAGACUUUGUAAGCCACUACGGUCAUCAAGUUUACUGUCCUGUCAGCCUUUUACGCGUACACGGAGUCACCAUGAUUGAAGAUUAUAAACGCCAGGAAGAACAAUCUUCAACCCCCUCGGCUUCCGAUACAACUACAAGAAUAAAUAAAACUGAAGAAGUGACGUUAAAAAUGAUUGAUGAAAAAUUGAGCGGCGAGAGUGAAAGAAAAGACGGCAAAGAAGAGAAAAGUGAUAUUGAUAAUAGGAAAAAUGAUGGACAAAGUUCUGGAAACAAUCUGGGAAAUCAUGAUAGUACAAGGGAGAUGGAUAACAAAAUAAGAGAUGAAGUUGAUAAAGAAACGAAUUCAGUGGAAUGUAAUCUGCAUGGAGACGAUUCAGUUCUUUUGCAUACACUCUUUGGUUCUGAUUCUCAGUCUAUGCUUCAAUGUCCUAGAAUAUACGAUGAAAAGGAUAUAUUCAGCAAUCCGUUCUGCGAAGUUACAGACGAUCCAUAUUACCUUAUGUCAGUUUUGGACAAGGCACAAAGAAUGUUAGAUAAUCAAUACAUGUGUUUAAAAGAUCAAUGUGGGCUCUAUGAAGAGAAUGAUCUGAAUGCUAUGAUGACAACGUCACCUUCACUUUCCUUAUCAACGCCCUUAUGUUCCACCUCCCCCUUGAGAUCUCCACAAAUUUCCUCCCCUAGUGUUUAUCAAAAGUUUCUCAAACGUUUUGCUGAUCUUGAAAGUCAGACUAAGAUACUGAGAGAGGUCUUGAACAAGGUACAAGCUCAGCAAGUUCAGAUGUUGGAUUUUAUGGUUGAACUAAGCCACAAUGUGACAGGACUGAAUCGCCGACUGGAAGCUGUGGAAUUGAUUAUCAAGGAAUAUUUGGUCAAUCGAACCCAAGUAUAA